AUGAUGAACGGCCAAGGGAGAGUCAGUCCAGGAAGUGCAGCCCCAGCAGAAGAGAGAGGCUGCUCCUGGCUGAACAUUUGGGUCUUCCUUAUUUUGGCCCUUGCAAUCAAAGCUGCCAUUGGGACCUUUUGCCUCUGGCUUGUGGUUCCCUUCUGCCACAGCAGUGACCAGCCCUCAGCCCUGCAGCAGCAGGAGUUCUCCAAGCAGUUCUCGGAGUGGGAGUGCGGCUCAGCGGUGCCACAAGGCACAGACCGAGGCUGGACGUGCUGCCCAAAGGGCUGGAGAAGGUUUCAAGGAAGCUGCUAUUUCCUGUCCACUGACAUGAUGUCAUGGGAUGACAGUGCACAGAACUGCACUGGGAUGGGCUCCCAGCUGGUAGUGAUCACCAGGAAGGCAGAGCAGGUAUUCCUCUCUGAGCUGAUAAGGCAAUCUAAAGAACCUAAACGAGACAAUUCAUAUAUCGGACUGUUUGCAGAGAAGGAGGGCCAGUGGCAGUGGGUGGACAAGACUCCCUACAAUGUGACAGCAGCGUUCUGGCCAAAAGGAGAACCAAGUGAAGGCUAUGAUGAGAAUUGCGUUAUAAUCUACAGGGAUACUGAACUACCCAACAACUGGAAUAGUGUCAGAUGUUUGAACUAUCAUCGAAUUUGUGAAGCUGCAGCAGUAACUGUGUGAUGGAAAUAAACCUGUCCUGAGUAAAGCUGGGAGCUCAGCAAGGAGCUGGGAACAGCUCUGGCUGUGCUGGGAAGGGUGGGGAGCUCUGACACAUCUUCACUGUGUGGGGUGGGACCACGUGUGUGGAAAUGAAAUGAGCUUUGUCCAGCAUCCCCAGUGCAUGUGCUGGCUCAGGGAACACAGGGAGGCUCAGGCUCUUUGGAGCAGCUCCUGUGUUCUUGAGUCCUCUUCUCUCUGUGUGGGUCCAGCAUCCUCCCCCUGAAAAGAGAUGGACUUCUCCAAGAGGAAGACAGAAGAAUGGAAGAGAGAUAUCCCGAGAUUCAAUGUCCUCUGUCUCCUUGAGCAGAGCUGUUUGCUUUUUGUUGAGUCACACACAAAAUAUCCUCUAGCUGUACUGGUUUUGCUGAACAAAU